UGCUCUCCAUCGGUAGUGUCCACCACCGGCCGUGAAGUGACCGCGCAAUCUGAAAGCUGUGCCUGUGCUCUCUGCCCUGUGCUGUGACUGCUACUGGACUCUGCCCGAACCAGAAAGUGCCAAAUCGACUAAAAAGACCCGUGGAACGUGGAAUCGCGAUCAGUUGGAUUACGUGUAGUGAGUGUGCAUUGCAAUCGGACGGAGUACAGGAGUUGCGCCCGAAAGGUGCAAGUGCACGCGAAGUAUAAAUAAACUCGGAACUCGGCAAUGUGUCCAGGGCAGUUGGUGGCGGCGGCGGCAGUGGUACCAGGCCGGCCCGUGACGAUGAUGAGUGGCGGCGCGGUCAACGCUGGGGCACCGACGGGCAAGUCGGCAUGAAGUAUCGCCUCGCUGGUGGGGACCCGACGGCAUGAGAAUCGGCGUCAAACGCACUUCCUCCGCACGCUGGAUACUACGAAGAAAACGAUGCAUAAGAUGUGGUGUUGGUUAGCAGUGUUUCACCUUUUCCUCCUUUCCGAUUUGGUUCUCUGUAUCACGCUGACGGAGGUCCGGGUGCCGAAGCACACCAUCCGGGGGCACGCGGUGAAGCUGGAGUGCCACUACGACAUGGAAGGUGAAGCCCUCUACUCGGUGAAGUGGUACAAAGAUGGACGGGAAUUUUAUCGCUACGUGCCAAGAGAUGAUCCACCCGGGACGGUGUUCCCGCAGCCGGGCAUAGCUGUAGAUAUAGCGAAUUCAACAAGCGAACAAGUGAUCCUAGAUCCACUAGAUUUAUCGUCGAGCGGCAAGUACCGCUGCGAGGUGUCCGCCGAGGCGCCCUCCUUUCAGACGGUCUCCGACCACGGCGAGAUGAUGGUUGUAGUGCUGCCCGACCAGGAUCCGUACAUUACGGGUGGGAAACCACGGUACCAGAUCGGCGAUCCGGUGCGAGUCAACUGCACGUCGGGCCGCUCGAAACCGGCCGUCCACCUGACCUGGUACAUCAACGGUGAUCCGGCCGAAGCGGGCCUGCUGAAGCGGUACGAGCCACGGAUCACCGGCAUCGAGGGCCUGGAAACGUCCACCCUCGGGCUGGAGUUUCGCGUUAAGCCAAAACAUUUUAAACACGGCGACAUGAAGCUGAAGUGCCUGGCCACCAUCUCGACCGUGUACUGGAAGAGCAACGAGGAGAGCGUCGAAGGCGAAAAGCUCCAGAAAGCCCCGACGCUCGAGUCCCGGCGAGCCGUCUCGGCGGACUCGCGGGCGGACCGUGUCCAAGCGGCCUCGAGCACGGCCGUCGGGGGCCCCCGGCACCACCUCGACCGGCAUCGGCCAUCGGCAACGAAAUUAGCAAUUUAUGUUUCCAUUUUGUUGGCAAGUUAUCGUUACACUAGUUAAAAAGGUUGGGUGCAGGUUGUCCGCGGGCUAGGCGCCGCUGCGGUGAACACGCGAACACCGCCGUUUGGCAUUUGGCAAACUUCUUUCCAAUUCGUCCUUUUUUGUCAAUUAUCCUAGCGAAGAGGCGGAGGAUGGUUCAGGAGUGUAACCAUGGAAAUGUCCCAGCAAGCGAGAACGCGACAGAUAGAUAGGGCGUACGAGCGCGCGCGAGAGAGCGAGAAAGAAAUAAAACACUCUUAAGAACAUAUCAGAGUAAAAUGUCAAUGUCAAAUGUAUUCGUCAUAUCAAACUGCACUUUUCUUGGGACUCUCAGUUGUUCAGUCGAAGCCUCGGAUCGCGCGGAUGCUCGAAAGUUUUGUACCGUGUGAGAGAGAGACAGGCCGCGUCAUGUAAGUGUAAAUAUCAUAGUUUAAAAUCAGCAAAGCCACAAACGGAGUACGGAGGGGACAGUCGGAUCGCGGGACAACAGGCUCCCGCGGAAAUCAUCCCGACCGACCGACCGAAGAAGCGCCAAAGAAAGAUUCCCGAAUCGAUCCCCUUCCUAGUUUAACGUGAGCUCCGCACGGUGAGAAAAUGUCUUAUACAAACUAAAACAAAAAACAAAAUGGCCACAUUCAGCAAAAAACACACACCGUUUUAUCCGUUUGCACGCAACGAAGAGAGCCGAAGCAGCAUGGGAUGAGUGAUGAAUAAAGGAUAUCA